AAAUAUAAUAAUAUUAUAAACAACGAAUAUAAGCAAAAUUUGAUUUUCGAAAAGUUUUAGUGUGAAAUUUAACAUUUGAACACACUGAUAAACGUUGCAAGAUAAAUGGUUAAUAACGCAUAUAUUUUAUUUUGAUAGUUCCACUUAUAUGGCGUGCAUGUAUAUGCAUAAAUUAAAUAUAACAUGUAUAGAUGUAAAAAUGAUUGGAAAUCUUGUAUUAUACAGCAUGAUAGUGGAUCUGAAAGUGCACCUUUAUUCUCUUCAGGAUCUCAUACUAGUAUAGAACCCAGUAUAUUUCAAGAUUCUGAAACCAGUGAUUUAGACUGCACUCCUACAAAUAGCUAUUUCAAGUAUGGUAGUUUAGAAAGUUGUAGUCACCAUUCUAACAUUACUGUAGUACCAAAGAGACCACCACCCCUUGCUGAAAAUCAUACUUUAGUUACACCUUUAGUAUUAAACACUUCCUCCUCCUUAAACGUAAGACAAGACAGAUGUUAUGAAAUCCAUAAUACUGAUCUGGAAGCUGAGGAAGCUACAUGCAAGGAUAUUAAAUCAAAACAAAGCUCUGUAGUCACAAUAUUUUCAAUUUGGAACACAAUAUUAGGCUCCUCCUUAUUAACAAUACCAUGGGGUAUUCAAAUGGCUGGUUUCUUUCCUGGUAUUAUUCUAAUACUUGUGAUGAGUGGUUUAUGUCUAUAUACUGCUUAUUGUCUCCUACUUGUACAUAAAUAUUAUGGUGGGCAAAAAGGAAUAGAAGUAAUUCAAUUAUGUCGGAUAUAUCUUAACAAGUGGGCAGAAUAUGUUGCCAAAGCUUUUAGCAUUACAGUUUUAAUAGGUGCAACUAUAGCUUACUGGGUUCUAAUGUCUAAUUUCUUAUAUAAUACUGUCAAUUUCAUAUAUGAUAGUUUAGUAUCCCAGUACUAUACAAAUGAUAAUAUUUCAUACACAUCAGAAGUACUAUGCCCAAAAAGAAUAAUCUAUAAUAGCACAAAUUUAAUAAUUCAUGAUUAUACAUAUAAUACUUUGGAACCAGUUUGGGAUCUGUAUAAAACAGUUCCUAUUUUCCUUGGUUUAUUAAUAUUUCCGUUUUUAAAUUUUAAUAGUCCCACCUUUUUUACAAAAUUUAAUUCUCUUGGAACCAUGUCAAUCAUAUAUUUAAUUACCUUUGUUUUGAUUAAAUCGUACUCAUGGGGUAUUAAUAUGAAUGAAAUAGAGUGGAACAUAAGUUGGACGUUGAAAUUUUCAUUUCCUGCACUUUCUGGGAUGUUAGCAUUGUCGUUUUUCAUUCACAACAUUAUAAUUACUGUGAUGCAGAAUAAUCAUGAUCAAAGUAAAAAUGGAAGAGAUCUUUCAAUAGCCUAUCUAUUGGUUACUCUAACUUAUAUUAUAGUAGGUGUAGUAUUUUAUGUAUGUUUUCCGCUGAACAAAUCAUGCAUUGAAGAUAAUUUGUUGAAUAAUUUUCAAAAAUGGAAUGGAUUAACAGUAGGUGCUCGAAUUGUUCUUCUUUUCCAAUUAUUAACCGUUUACCCGUUACUUGCGUACAUGUUACGUGUUCAAUUACUUACAUCAACGUGUAAGACAUUUAAUACAGGCUGUGUUAUUCUAGUUAACGUUAUUUUGGUAUCUAUAUGCAUUUUAUUUGCAGUGUUUGUACCAUAUAUUGGUACAAUAAUACGAUAUACAGGUGCCUUAAGUGGUUUUAUUUAUGUUUUUACUUUACCAAGUUUAUUAUACUUGGCAAUUUUGAAACAACAAAAAAAAUUGACAAUAUUUUCUACACUUUUACAUACAAGUAUUCCAAUAUUUGGAUUUUUAAAUUUAUUAGCUCAAUUUUUCAUUGCAGAAUAUUAAAAAUGUUGAAACUUAAAUUUGAAAAAUUCCUAGUAUUACAAUACAGCUAAACAAAUGAAUAAUUACGAAGUUGAAAAUGUGUAUGAACAUAAUUAUGCUUGUUGCAUAAAUGUAAAAUAUCUAAUUAAUUGAUAGGAAUGCAUAUAGAUAUUAACAUAUAAAUUUUAUAAAACAAAAAGCUUAUUUAUUCGUUAGUCUGUCAUUAUCUACUUAUGAUAUGUAUCAUGAUUUAUACAGAGUAAUUUAUUUAUAAUUACGCAAUAUUUACAAUGUUUAUAAAUAUUUUGAAAUUCAUAUCUAAUUAUACUAUUUUAAACUUUUUGAAA